AGUACAGUUCCUCCUUAUUCCUUCUUCUCUUAGAAUUAUUUGAGUAUAUGAUGAACAUAAUAAAGGCAAUGAGCAAGUUGAUACAAACUCCUUUUAUUACGCUUUGUCUUUUUUUUGUGUGUCUGUCACAAUGUUCCAUUGCAUAUUCAUUAGGUUCUACUAAUUCAAAAUCAUUGCAUCAUUGCAAUUUUCCGGCGAUAUUCAACUUCGGCGACUCAAACUCCGACACGGGAGGCCUUUCAGCUGCAUUUGGACAAGCUGGGCCUCCCAGUGGCAUGACCUACUUCCAUCACCCGGCCGGUCGCUAUUCCGACGGCCGGCUCAUUGUGGAUUUCAUAGCAAAGAAGGUAGGGGUGGAGUAUUUGAGUGCAUACCUAGAUUCAGUUGGGUCAAAUUUCAGCCGUGGAGCAAACUUUGCAACAGCAGGAUCCACAAUUAGACCUCAGAACACAACUCUUCGUCAGGCUGGUGGUUUCAGCCCUUUCUCCUUGGAUGUUCAGUUCACUCAGUUCAAUGAUUUUCAUCGCAGGUCACAACUCUUUCGCAAUAAAGGUGGAGUAUACGAAACAAUGUUACCAAGAGCAGAGUAUUUUUCUCAGGCACUAUACACAUUUGAUAUUGGUCAGAAUGACUUGGCUGCUGGUUACUUCCACAACAUGACCAUUGAUCAAGUUAGAGCAUAUGUUCCUGAUGUCUUGGCUCAAUUCAAGACCAUUGUCAAGUAUGUAUAUGGUCAAGGAGGAAGAUCAUUCUGGAUUCACAACACAGGUCCCGUUGGUUGUUUGCCAUAUAUUAUGGAUCUUCCUCAUGCAAGAGAUGCUCCAUUGGACAAAGCAGGUUGCAAAAUCCCUUACAAUGAAGUGGCUAAGUUCUUCAACCGUGGCUUAAAAGAAACUGUGUCUCAACUCAGAAAAGAACUUCACUCUGCUGCCAUAACCUAUGUUGAUGUUUACUCAGUCAAAUACCACCUCAUUAGUCAAGCAACCAAACAUGGUUUUGAGGAGCCACUGAGAGCCUGUUGUGGGCAUGGUGGGAAAUACAACUACAAUUUGCAUGUUGGAUGUGGAGGGAAGGUGAAGAUCAAGGGCAAAGAGGUCAUGAUUGCGAAACCAUGCAAGAAUCCAGCGGUUAGGAUUAGUUGGGAUGGUGUUCACUACACCGAGGCUGCUAACAAGUGGAUCUUUGAUAAGAUUGUAGAUGGUUCCUUUUCUGAUCCACCUAUUCCUUUGAACAUGGCUUGUCACAAGAACUUGUAACUACUAAAUAAUAAUUACUAAUCACACUUCUUUUCUCUUAGUUUAUGGGAUUUGAUUAGAGGAAUAAUAUUAUUGAGGACAUGGAAUGAUUUGAGUCUUCAAUGGUGUGAGUCCAAUUGUAAUCUUCGUUUGAUUUCAGAAUGUUAAGUCUUUAGUUGUGAUUGAAGAUGUUUGAGUUGUGAGCGCAAGCUCCUCUCUCUUAAUAAUCUUAUGCUUGAGAUGUU